CUCAGGGGUGGGGCCUUAAUCCAGCUGGUAGAGGGAUUGCCGCUAUUCCCCAGCAACCCUGCCCCAGAGAUGGCUGCAUCUCAGCACCGGAUGAGCCAGCCCUGUGUUUUGUUAUGCGUAGCUGUUUCCCGGCUGCUCCUCAGUGCCAGGUGAGCCCUCCCCAUGCUGUGUUAUAUGCAGCUGUUCCCCAGCUGUCCCACCCCAGAGGUGGCUGCAUCUCAGAGCCAGGUGAGCCCUCCCCAUGUGAUGUUAUAGGCAGCUGUUCCCCAGCUGCCCCAAACCUUGUUUAAUGCUAGCUAAGGUCAGAUCAGUGCAAACCACAAGGGGCAGGUCUCCUGGGUUCCCUGACACCUUUCGCAGGGCGGGCCCUCCUUUCUCUGUGCUUCCCAACUUCAGAAAGGACAUAGGGCACUGUCCUGCCGCCCAGGGUUAAGGUGCCAAGUGACUGUGAGGUGCUCAGAUACUGUAGCAAUGGGGGACAGAGAAGUACCUAAAAUAUAGAUACCCCACCCCCCACAGCUCUAACCUACUAGCCACCACUCCCCUCCCAGAGCCAGGGAGAGAACCCAGGAGUCCUGGCUCCCAGCGCUGGAGAUAGAGGACAUCUAUUGGCUGUCUUGAUCGCCCGCCCCGUCCCUUCCCAUCCGGCUCCCGAUUGGCCGAGCCGAGCCGUCUCCCCUUCCCAUAGGAGGCUGCGCCGAUCCACCCCGCCCCCAAAUUUAAAGGGGAUUAGCUCCCCCUCCCCCCGAGAGAGCCGGACCGCAGGACGGGCCGCGCGGGGACAGACGGACGUGGAGGGAGAGGCUCGCUGCAAAGGCCCCAGCAAUGGCCACUUUCACCCGCCAGGAGUUCUACCAGCAGCUGCUGCAGGGCUGCAUAAUACCCACUUCCCAGCAGGGGCUGGAGCAGAUCUGGCUCCUGCUGCUCAUCUGCCUGGCAUGCCGGCUGCUCUGGAGGCUGCCUCUGCCCGGCUAUGCCAAGCACCUCAGCACGGUGGUCGGGGGGUUCUACGCCCUCCACCAGUUCUUCCAGCUGCAGAUGGUCUGGGUGGUGCUGCUCAGCCUGCUGUGCUACCUGGUUCUCUUCCUGUGCCGGCACUCGGCCCACCGCGGGGUCUUCCUCUCCAUCACCAUCCUCAUCUACCUCCUCAUGGGGGAGAUGCACAUGGUGGAUACCAUGACCUGGCAUAAAAUGAGAGGGGCCCAGAUGAUUGUGGCGAUGAAGGCUGUGUCCCUGGGCUUCGACCUGGACCGAGGGGAGCUCCCGGCUGUCCCCUCCCCCGUGGAGUUCAUGGGCUACAUCUACUUUGUGGGCACGGCCAUCUUCGGGCCCUGGAGCCGCUUCCGCAGCUACCUCCAGGCGGUGGAGAGCCGGGCACUGAGCCUCCCCUGGCUGCGAAAGGUGUCCCGGAGCCUCCUCCUCUCCAUCAUCUGCCUCCUCGUCUCCACCUGCGUCGCCCCCUACCUGUUCUCGUACUUCAUCCCACUCUACGGCUACCGGCAGCUGGGGAAGAGGAAGCGCAAGGCCAGGUGGCUCCGGGCCUACGAAAGCGCCAUCUCCUUCCACUUCAGCAGCUACUUUGUGGGAUUCCUCUCCGAGGCCACGGCCACACUAGCUGGGGCGGGAUUCACCGAGGAGAAGGACAACCUCAAAUGGGACCUGACAGUGUCCCGACCCUUGAAUGUUGAGCUGCCCCGAUCGAUGGUGGAAGUCGUCACCAGCUGGAACCUGCCCAUGUCCAGUUGGCUCAACUCCUAUGUCUUUAAGAACAGCCUGCAACUGGGGACUUUCUCCGCUGUCAUUGUCACGUACGCCGCCAGCGCCCUGCUGCAUGGACUCAGCUUCCACCUGGCUGCUGUGCUGCUUUCUCUGGGAUUCAUCACCUACGUGGAGCAUGUCCUCCGGAAGCGCCUCUCUGUCAUCUUUGACGCCUGUCUCCUCUCCAAGCGCUGCCCACCCGGCUGUCCCCACCGCCAUAACACGAAUCUCUGGGUUCGGCUGCUGAACCUGCUUUUCGGCGCUCUGGCUGUCUUCCACCUCGCCUACUUGGGCUCACUCUUCGACAUCGACGCUGAUGACACCGUAGAGGAGCAGGGUUACAGCAUGUCCUACACCAUCUAUAAGUGGUCGGAGCUGAGCUGGGCCAGCCACUGGGUCACCUUCGGCUGUUGGGUCUUCUACCGCCUCAUCGGCUGAGCUGGACUGGGACACAGAGACACCAGGAUGUGGGGAGUGUCCUGGUGUGAUCUGACUGUACCUCCCCCAGCCCCUACUAAGACCAUCGGACACAUCCUCAAGAGCUGGCGGGCUUCAGUUGGGGCAGCUGGCACUAGGGCAUGAGCAGAAGGGGAUGGGCAUCAG